GCAUUCAGGCCCCUGGUGUAGUUUUAAUCUAUGAUUUUUUUAUCAAACAUGGCGAUAACACUCCAUCUUCUCCUGUUACUGAGUCUUGGAGUGCAGUUAUCCCCAGCAGACUUUUUGCAGCGGCAGAAGAGGAACUGGAUUAUACAAACUUUAACUAUUGAUGAAGGUUACAGUGGAAUGUUUCCAUAUUAUUUAGACCAAAUUGAUAUUGACCCAAGUUUAAAUAUUCUGGAAGUUACUGGUCAAGGGAUUGACGAAGAACCUCGAGAUUUACUAGAAAUACAUGAAAAGUCAGGACGAGUUUAUGUCGUUGGUCCUGUGGAUUAUGAAAAAUAUCAGAUUCUAAAGCUGUUAAUUAAGGGAGCAGGUAAAAACAACCAGACAGUAGUUAGGGUGGGCAUUAAUGUUGAAAUAACUGAUGCAAAUGACAACCCACCUAUAUUUGGCCAAACAACAUAUGAGACCACGAUAAUGGAGUCAGUGUUACAAGGUACUGGGUUGAUAAAUGUCACAGCAACAGACCUUGACAUGACAGAGAAGAAUAGAAAUUUUAAUUUUAGAAUAGAAUCUGUGACUCCCGAACCAGAGGACUUGGAGUUUUUUAUAAAUGAGGUGCCUUAUUUUAAUACUGGAACAAUAUCAUUUAAAGGAUGCCUGAACAGCAAGAAAGCAGACAAAUACACCCUUAUAGUGACGGCAACUGACCAUGGAAAACCUACGGCACUCUCCAGCUCUACCACCGUAACAAUUAACAUAGAACAUGGAAACAGACAUCAUCCAGUGUUUACAAACAAAACUGGCAAAGUGAAUGUAAAAGAAGGACUGCAAGGUGUUGUUUUCUCCCGCCUACAAGUCAAGGAUGAAGAUACCAGAGGUACGAGAGCCUGGAAGGCAAAGUAUGAAAUUCAUGGAGACAAAAACAACAGCUUCAGAAUCGUAACUGAUCCCCAAACAAACGAAGGAUUACUCUAUGUGGAUAAGCAACUCGACUUUGAGAAGGAAUCCUUGAAGGACAUCAUAAUCUCUGUGAAGAAUGAAAUUCCCUAUUUCACAUGCAAAGUUAUAGAUCGUAACACCCCUGGUUUUUGGAAAAUAGAAACAGAUCCUAGUUUUUUUUCUGGAGCAAGUAAUACAGAGGUUUCUGGUGAAGCGGGGAAUUUACCAUUAACAGUGGUCAUAGAAGACAUCAAUGAGCCUCCAGUCUUUGACUUUACAAAGUCUGUUUCUGUACCUGAAAAUGCGGAGGUGGGCUAUUGUUUGGGAACAUUUCCAGCUAGAGACCCUGAUGUCACCGGUGCAAACCAAAUAAGAUACAUAAAAGGAGAGGAUCUAGCUAAUUUGUUUACUGUGGACCCUGAGACAGGACAAAUUAACACAUCAACACUUUUAGACAGAGAGUCUAAUUUUGUUGAUGAUGGACUUUAUGUCAUCACAAUAAAUGCUGUUGACAAUGGGAAUCCUCCGCUGACAGGCACAGGCACUCUCAGCAUCUACAUCAUGGAUGAGAAUGACAAUCCUCCAUCGCUGAUUGUUAACACCUUCGAAAUGUGCCAAAGUGAUAAACCCUCAUGGGUCAAUGUCUCAGCUGUGGACCCAGAUGAUGGACCAUAUGGUGGGCCUUUUUGGUUUACGCUUAUUGGAGACGUUAAGAACAACUGGAGGAUUGAUCCUGAACAAGGGUAUUCGGUCAAGCUUAUAAAAGAAAAGAAGAUUUAUUCUGGGCAUCACACGUUAAUGCUAGAAGUAUCAGAUUAUCAGGGAAAGAAGGCUCUCCAUAGCUUGACAGUAGUUGUAUGUCAGUGCUCUGUUGCAACAAGGCCAGACUGUAGAAUGCAAAAAUCUACUGGAUCCAGAGCAGGAGCAACAGCUGUGGGAAUAUUAUUCUUUUGCAUUAUAUUGCUUACAGGUUUGCUUUUUACAAGCUUCAUGGUGUCGUGCAAACCUCAAAAAGUACUAAUGCUUGAUGAUGAUCCUGUGCAAAAUUUAAUGACAGGCAACACAGAAGAACCAGGAAAUGACUGCAGAGUUCCUUUUGAACUCCUAAAGAACAAACAUCAUAUGCAACAAAUGAAAGUAUCUGAAGAUGUAAUGCUGAGAAUGACACCAGUAAGUGCUGUAUUCUGUGAGUCUGUCAUAAACUCACAAGCCUGCCCGAACGGCCUCCAGUCAUAUCCAGACAGAAGCUCUCGGAGAAAUUCUUCCGUGGUAUCCUCCAGGGAGAUGUCAAAUGAGGUUUCUCCUUCAGCCAUGGAGAUCAGACGUCAGCAGGGAACAUUAAGGGAUUCGGUUUUGAGGGAAAUUCCUCACGAAGCUCUACUAUUUGAGGCAAUGAAUGUAAUGCUGGAAAAACUUGAGGCACCCGGCCAGGAACUUGGUGAUUAUGAACCUACUAAAUAUGCUUAUGAGGGAGAUUUGGAACACAACUUUGAACUUGACACCAUUUCCAAUCCUGAAUCUCCCUUUGACUCUGAGAUAGAACUGGAUUCUAGGUUCUUGGAACUGGCCUCAAUCUGCUCUCCUGAAAUGUUUCACCGAAGCACAACAAUUUAAACCCGCUAUUCUUGCAAGCAUGUUUGGGUACAGAGGGCUAUUUUCUGUGGUGUAAAUAAUCGCAAGCUUUAUUUUUUAUUUUAAUUUUUUUUUUAUAAUGGCACAGUUUCUACCAAAAAUUUGAAGUUGCAUGGAUUUUGCUGUUGAAAAAACAAUGAAAUGGAUUUUCUUAAUAUAACUUCAUAUAAUUAACAUUUUCUUGGUCAGAAAUUGAAUGGGAUUACCUGAACAUUACUUUAUGGAGAUCAAAGAAAAAGAAAAUUAUUGUGUGACAUGUAAAGUAUACAUAGCAAAGGCUUACUAUUUUUUAUAUGAUGUGUAUAUCAUUUGGAUAUAAAAAAUGUUAAAUAUUUUUAGAGUUUGCCCUUUUUAUCGACAUUGUUUUUAUUUGCACACAUUUAAAAUAUUCUAAGCAUAAAAGAAUAAUACUGUAAAUAAUACUAAUAAACAGAUGAGUUCUUUAAAAAACCUAGAAUCCAAUACCAGGGCCAAUCCAUUACCAGCAAUUUUUUUUAUUUUAUUUAUUUUUUUUGUAUAUGGCUGUACAUAAAAUA